AUGAAGCGAUCGGCCUCCUCACUCACUGACGGCAAAGAUACUAUUUCAUCUCGGUUAAAACGUAAUCGAUUAUCUACGAAAUUAGUACAAGAGGAGAACGUUACCAAAGUAGAUAAUAAUGGUGUUGUGUUAUGCAAUAAAGAAAAUUCGAUGUCAUCUGAAUCUGAAUAUUGUAAGGACAAAUUAACUGAAAAUGGUUUUAAUUCAGGUGAUAGCAGUUCUACGGCUUCUGAAAAUCCACCACUUCGAUCCACCAUUUCGUUUUCUUCAUCAUCAUCAUCAAAAACUACUUCGUCAUCAACAACUCAUAACCAUAAUGUUGGAUCUAAAAUCAAUCAACAAUUAGAAGUACAAAAAAGGGCUUCAAAAUCAACAGAUCGUGCUAUGAAUAGUUCUUUACCUUCUGAAACAAGGUUUGGUGUUGUUAUUGUAAUUAAUAAUAAAAGAAUUUUAUCAUUUAGUACAAUAAAAAAAUUACUACUUCAACAAAUACAAAAUUUUACACAAGCUCCAGCUCAACGUGCUCUAUUCAAAGCUAAUCUAUCGACUUCAUUAGUUGAUUCCAAUGCAUCAACAAUGUCUAAAUUGUCUGCAACUUCAAUAAUUGAAAGUUCUCUUGAAUACAGAGAAUUAAAAAGAUUAUAUUUAAAUGAGAAAAAACAAGCUGAUGAAGGGAAAAAAGAUUACAUGGUUUUGAAACAACAAUUACAAGAACUUAAAUCAAGUACUUUACCUCGACCAACUGCUGAAGUCUUGGAGUGGUUAAGGGAACUAUUUGACUUAUUGAAUAGUAAUGCAGGAUUUCGAGGUGAUGGAAGAAGUCUUUCUAGCAUUGGCGAAGAAUUAGGCAUCGAUGAAACGAAUCUUAUUACAGUUGCGGCACGAACACCGCAAAAGUCCGCACUCAAACUUUUUCGUCUUUUAUAUCCAACAAUUGGUCUUCGAGCAAGUUGUAUUUCAAUUUCAAAGUUACCAGAAGAACAAUUACAAAACAUUUACCUUUAUGUUCGCAUUCUGCAUCCGAAUUUGAGUUUUAAGAUGAUAGAUAUGCGACGUGCAAUUGGAAAUUCGAUACGAUCUGCAACACACGAAAUGCGCAAGCUGGAAUAUCAACGACAAGAAAAAUUAAAUCAAUUGCAGAAUGAUGAAAAUUUAGAUCCUGAUGAAAGAAAUGAAAAAAUGCAAGAUGUUAUUGAUACAAUGGAAAUGGCAUUGAAUGCAAAUGAUGCGACUUCAUAUGAUUGUGAUCCUAAUGGCGAUGAAGAUGAAGCAGAAGACAACGAUGAACUUUAA